AUGUGUAUUGGUAGUGAUCGCCACAUGAGGCAAGAUGAACAACUCCGCAGCAGUGGCAGCUUUGCCAUAUCAAGAACCAACCAUCAAUACCAUCCUCAUUCUCUCAUCAUUUCUCUAAAUGUCAUCAACCACCUCCUGGACCGCCUCAUAUACUGCGGCCUUAUUGGCCAAGUGCUAGUUGGCGUAGCCUUUGGCACUGAACAAGCCAUCGUGCAGUUAGGAUACCUUGGACUCAUCCUUCUGGUCUAUGAAGGCGGCCUGAACACAAACUUCAAAUCCCUAAAAGCAAACGCCGGUCUUUCCAUAUUGGUGGCUUUGACAGGCAUCUGCUUGCCGAUUGCCUUUGCCUUCUGCCUGCGAAGCCUCGCAUCUGCCACGCCCUUGCAGGCAUUUGCUGCAGGAGCAGCUCUCUGCUCCACAAGUCUGGGCACAACUUUUACUAUUCUGAAUACUAGCGGCUUGAACAACACGAGACUUGGUACUGUCUUGACGAGCGCAGCUAUGAUGGAUGAUCUUGUCGGUCUCGUGCUCGUUGAGGUCAUAUCCAAAUUGGGGUCGGGUCCCUCUUCUUUCCACGCCAUUACUGUAGUGAGACCCAUCUUUGUCUCCAUCGGGCUGGUGCUCUUUGUGCUUUUGACUUGCCGUUAUCUGGUCAAGCCUAUCUCCUUAUUGAUCGGUGGUCCUAGUUCAUCAGCAGUGAUGCGUGCUAUCCGGAAGCAGCCCGAUAAGGCUACACUUGUCACCCAUACAACUCUGCUCUUUGGUAUCGUGGCAGCUGCAAGCUAUGCAGGUACCUCGAACCUGUUUGCAGCUUACCUUGCUGGUGCUUCAAUCAGCUGA